AUGGGCAUCAUCGGAGUGUACCCGGCGCGGCGCUUCGGCCGCUUCACCAAUGCCGCCGCGGUAGGCGUCUUUUUCCUGUUCAUAUGGGUGUUCCGUGAGCAGCUGCGCCUCGACCGCGUUGGUAUGGAUUCGAGCAUUGUGCCGUGGAUCCCGCGCAUGUCGCAUCAGGACAUCUUCGACUUUGAGCCGGUCAAUUCGGAGGUCAUUCGGGCGGUUUGCGACAAGACUGAGUGGGAUGCGGGGAAGGCGAUGCAGGUCGUGUUCACAUGCGACAACAACGUCGGCGGGAUCGGGAGCAUCCGCAACUCGAUCCUGAACUGCGUGCGAUACACGAUGCUGGCCGGGGGCUCGCUGGUCAUGCCGCGCAUCUUCAAGCGCAACGACUCCGACAUCUCUCACAUCCGGACGGGGCGGCGGCAGGAGAUGGAGUACCUCUUCGACAGGCAACAUUUCAUCGACUCGCUGCACCUCUCGUGCCCGCAGCUGCGGCUCUACAACGACACGGACGAGGUCUACGAAUCCCUCGGCCCCGCGCGCACAUGGUCCCUCGGGCUCUUCCCGGAAUCCCUCGUCGACGAGGACAACAUCCCCAGCACAGGCAUCGAGCACCCGGAAAGGUGGCAGGCGCAGCUGCACCGCUGGCUCGACGACAUCGACAACACCACCGACAUCGCGCCGACGGGGCUGCCCACCGAGGGUCCGAUGAUGGUGGAUCUCGGGCGGUCGUACCUCACGUUCCCGAUCAACAGCGACGGCGAGCUCUUCGCGACGACAUUCGGCAACAUCCUCAAGUUCCGCGCGGACGUGCGGCAGCUUGCGACCGCCACGAUCCUCAGCAUCGACCGGCACUUCUUCGGCGCGCACCUGCGCACCGAGAAGGACGCGCUCGAUAGCUGGAACUCGGCGGAUCCGACGUGGGAGUGGUCCGAGUACAGCAAGCAGACGGACGCCUUCUUCGACCAGGCGGGCCGGUGGGACCUGUCGGUCAUGUACGUCGCGUCCGACAAUGAGACGCAGGUGGACAUGGUUGAGGCAGAUGCGGAGCCGCGCGGGGUGCGGGUCGUGACGAAGCAAAACCUGCUGAUGGGGAAGAACCGCAAGAUGCUGGAUGCGUUGACGUGGGAUCAGAAGGGCAUGAUCGACUUUCUGGUCAUGUUGGGCGCGGCGCAGUUUGGAGGCGUGGGGCACUCGAGCUUUGCUUGGAACGUGGCGCUGAAGAGGCACAUUUUCUCGGAGGAGAAGGAAGGGUUCCUGAAGGGGCCGCAGAUGUUGAGCGAUGAGUUGAGUCAGAUUUAUGGGACGCCGGGGAAGUAUCCCGAACGUGAGCGCGGUGUUCUCGCUCAGCGCGAAUAUCGCAAGCGUCAUGCGUCCAAAGUCCAGAAGCUCCAAGAUGAAAACAAGAAGUUGAAAGAUGUCAUUGGGAAUAUCGAUAGGAUUCUUCGCCGGCAGGGGGCACUAUCGGAUGACCUGAGAGCCGCCAUGUCAGAAGCCCGCGAGAUUGCGGGUAUCACAACGGAAGAGCCGGAGACUUCUCCGGACCAAGGUGAUCCGCAUAUCAUGCAGUCCAUAGAGCAAACCUCGCCGCCGGACCCCGCCCUUGAGAAAGUUAUCCGAAUCGACCCCCGGCUAGCAUCCUCUCUCGUCCCUGAUCGUCGUGUGAGCCCUCGCCUAGACUACGGCCUCUGGCUCGACCCGGACCGAUUGGUCCGCAUACUGGAGCCGCCCGCAGACAUCAUCCCGUACUUGGGAAGCCGCAUGAACACCCUUGCAGGUUGCAUCUUCUGGGCGACCAUGAACUACACCAUCGAUCUGUGGAACUCCCGCUCGGAACCUCUAUCCACAAGACACCUCGACCGCAUGUUCAACCACUCCGAGCAUCUCCGGGAUCGUCAGUUCCUCUUGUCUCUAGCACAAGCGAGGGUCGAUUACAAAGAGAAGGGUUUCAUGUAUCGAAAGCUCACUGAGCAGUUCGAGCGCAACGCCAUGAGCGGCCUUUUCAAGCGCAUCAAGGAGGACUACGACAAGCAGGGGCAGCCGAGUAAAUGGUGGAAACGCCCCGAAGAGGUCGCGAACUCUGUUCUUGACGUGAUGGAUGAGAGCCAAAAGGCUAGGUUCCAGGCUGUCAUUGAUGGGAAGGGGACGAAGGAGGAUGCGGUGAUGCUGCGGGCUCUUAUCACUUGGUUGGCGCAGAACUACAUUUGCUUCGGCGACGGACCACGAUGGAGCUCGGUGUUUGCUUCGGUGGGCAUCGGGAGCUGGGUGAACGAGUUUAAGCGGCGAGAGGCUCUGACUGCCUGA